CACAGAGGAAAAUCUCGACCCCCAUCUCAACCUAAGUCGAAUUUCGUCCAGAAAACACCGAAAUCAGCUUCGAAUAGGCUGAAAUAUAAAGGCCAAUAUCGAAAUCGAGUUGCCUACGUUGUGAGAACUCCUUCAGUCAGUGAACACGAGGUGGGUUCUUCAAUUAAUCGCAAAGAAGAAAAUUUUAAUGGCAGCAACAAUUCAGGAUCGAAGACCAGUUCGAGUGAGCAGGUAGUUGGUGCUUCUGAUUCAUUGGACGAGGCUACCAGUGUUUCAAGUCGGUUAGAAGAAGUUCAAUUAUCAGUGGAGCCGCUGAGGAUCAAAGACCCUUUAAUUGAUGGUUCUGACGCAGUGGAAGAGGUGAACAAUAUUGCAAGAAGAUUAGAAGAGCUUCGUUUGGGUGUAGAAGAACCAGAAUUGUCAGAGGAACGGCUUAGAAUCAAUGAUCAGUUGCAGGAGGAUGAGCUACUGGCGAUGAAGGCCAUAUGUGGGGACAGUGCCUUUACCCUGCGCAGAAUUGGAGACCUGCGAUCUUUUCAGAUCUAUAUACAUGUCGAUGCCCCAGAUGAACUCAUCAUAUCCACAAAGUUUGAUUUAUCCAAAGAAAAGUUAAAAUUUGGAUCAAAAGCUGUUGACUCCAUCACCAGAACUGAUGCCUUAGACGAAUUUUCAUACAGCUUUAAAGUUCAACAUCUUCCCCCGAUAAUUUUGACAUGUUUACUGCCCAAAUCCUACCCAAGUGAUCUUCCUCCUUAUUUUACCAUCUCUGUCCAGUGGUUGAAUUCUGUGAGGAUAUCCAGUCUUUGCCACAUGCUGGAUUCAAUAUGGAUGGAUCAACCACAGCAAGAGGUUAUAUACGGAUGGGUGGAGCGGCUACACAGUUCCUCACUUUCUAUCCUUGGGUUUAAUAAUGAAGUACUUCUUGGUCCCUAUGACAUGUCGGAUACUGGAGAUAAGCGCGCAAUUUCAGGAAUUUUAUCACCAGAUGUUGAUAUUCCUUCGUUAAUGAGUUAUAACAGAGAGAAGUGCCAUGAAACUUUUCUCAAUAACUUACAUGAAUGCUGCAUCUGUUUUAGUGAGUAUGCAGGCACAGAGUUUGUCAGAUUGCCAUGCCAGCAUUUCUUUUGUUUGAAUUGCAUGAAGACUUAUUCACAAAUUCAUAUAAAGGAAGGAACUGUCAGAAAGUUGCUAUGUCCUGAAGCAAAAUGUGGAAGCAUGGUCCCUCCUGGGCUGUUAAAACCCCUGCUUGGUGAUGAAGAGUUUGAACACUGGGAGACCUUACUGUUACAGAAGACACUCGAGUCAAUGGCUGAUGUAGUCUAUUGCCCGAGGUGUGAAACACCUUGCUUAGAAGAUGAUGACAAUCAUGCCCAGUGUUCCAAGUGCUUUUUUAGCUUCUGUAGCCUUUGCAGAGAUCGGCGCCAUGUCGGAGUAGCUUGUAUGACACCAGAAAUGAAGCUUCGCAUCAUGCAGGAGCGGCAGAAUUCAUCUCAACUUAAGGAUGACCAAAAGCGUAGAGAGCUUCAAAUGAUUAAUGAGUUGCUUAAUGUCAAGGAAGUACUUCGAGAUUCUAAGCUAUGCCCAUCCUGCAAUAUGGCGAUCUCCAGAACUGAAGGUUGUAACAAGAUGGUUUGCAGCAAUUGUGGGAAGUACUUCUGCUAUAAUUGUAACGAGGCAAUUGAUGGAUAUGAUCAUUUCAGGGAUGAUUCAUGCAAGCUUUUCCCAUCUGAAGUGGUUAUGAACUGGGAGCAGCAGAUGAAUGGUCGCCAGCUAGUAGCUCAGAUGCAAGCUCAGCUCUUUACAGAUCAUACUCACAGAUGCCCCAACUGUGGUCAAAGGAAUGUGAAGAUAGGGAAUAACAACCACAUAUUCUGUUGGUCUUGCCAAAAGCAUUAUUGCUACUUGUGCCAGCAGCUUGUCCGGCGUAGUUCCGAGCAUUAUGGACCCAGAGGUUGCAAACAGCAUACAGCAGGUGACAACAGACAAUGACUAGAGCCAUCUAUCACAAAGAGAUUGAAUUCAAUUUUAACCCAAAAUCAUGUUCACUCCCAUCAAAUUCUGAAGUGCUGGCACGACGAACACCUCAAAAUCAUUCAGUUUCUUUUUACUUUUUUUAUGGCAUUGAUUUUUUAAUAGGUUCGACGGAAUAUAUAUGCCAUACAUACAUGAUUUGUAUUCCAAAAAAAAAUAAAAAAAAAUGAUCCAUUUCUUUUUGUAAGAGUUGCCUUGGUGUUUAACAUUUCUGUUCUUUACCCUUGCUUUGGUAUGCUUAAAAUUUAGCGACCAUUUAUUUGAGUAUGUGAUAUCUUUGAUUACUAAGCA